AUGGGAAAACUUUUAACUGGAAGAAGUCUCAAAGAAAGACUUAUAUUGAAGCGUCAAAAUGUUCGAAGAAAAUUGUAUCAACUGAAACAUGGAGAAAUGUUACAAGAAGCCUUGUACAAUCCCAUUACAAAACAUUUGAGAAGUAUCGAAUCUAAACUUCAAAAUAAUACCAACACGGUACCUGGUACCUCACCACCACCACCACCACCAACAUCACCACGUUCCUAUACAGUAGCUGAAGCUGAUAUAAGGCCUGAAACAAAACUAUUCGCAUCUAAUGAAGGGGGGCAGCAUGGGAAACUCCUAAAGCUAUGUCUGAAGCACGAAGACAAUGAUUCGACUGGAUCGGGUAAUGAUAAUGUUGCUAAUAGAAACAGAUUUGAUGAUAUUGCAGAAAAGUCAUUUACUGAAUACUUAGAACAAUAUGAGGACCCGUUACCUAGAAAAUACAUUAGUGAAAUGUAUGCAGACAAAAAUAAUCGAGAAUUUGAUCAUAAGUAUGGCGUCAGGCUGGAUGACACUAUAGAACAAUUUAUGAUUGGUGAUUCUAAACUAGACUUCAAUGGUGCUGAUAUAUAUGUGAAAGGUAAACGGUACAAGGGUAGUCAAGGCUUAUACGAAUUGUUAUUUAGAAAAUAUCCCAACAUGAAUUUCUGCAGUUCUGACGAUGUCAAUACCUACAGGCAAAUUGUAUAUAAAACUAAUGCCCACAGAAAGUACUACAGAUCUAAUACUCAAUUGGAUGGGAGUAAACUACAAAAAUAUAAAAAAAUCAUAGCACCUCCUUUAAAAAUGGGCCAAGGAUUAAUGAACAAUAAAAAUAUUACCACGACAAUGGAAUAUUCUAGCAAUGAUAAGGAUUAUAUAUACUGGGAUGAUCCUAAUGAACUUGUAAGUCGUCUACGCUUAUUGAUUGCAUCACAGGCUGCCGGUCACUCAGGUCAUGGUAAUGAGAUUAAUUCGCUAGUUGAGGAAUUAAGGGAAAGUAAAUAUAUUGAAUAA